AUGCCUAUCACAUUGCUUGAACUGCCAACGGAAAUUCGAGAUCAGAUUUGGAACCUAGCAUUCAAGACACACUUGGUGGUUCCCACUUCAGGACAAGCCAGCAUCUAUCAACAAGUAGGCUGUUUAGCCUGCCAGAAAGGAGACCAUGUCAAGCCGAAUUUAUGGGCAGAAGUCUUCCGUCCGCUUUUGACAUGUCGGCAAAUUUAUGAUGAGGCUUCAGCGAUUCUCUUUGGCUCCUUUAUGGUUUGUUUCGGCGACAGAAUCUUCACCAUGGAAAGUCUACGACCGCCGUUCCCAGGUAUCAACACAAAAGUCACUUCGGUCGCCAUCUGGGUUCACGUAAAUGACGAUAACCGGGUUCACUGGUCCGAGGGGCUAAAGUCAAUGGGUGAUGCGUUUCCCAAUCUGAAGCAUUUGACCAUCAAGGCCCACAUGCGUCCGCCGAAUUCAUAUGAACUUCUGGUAGAUGCGAUUACCCUUGCGACCCCAAUCGUGCGAUACACUCGAGAUAAGCGAGAUAUGGAGGUCAACCUGGAAUUCGACUACACAUAUGAGGACAUUAUGUUUGACAGCCCGUAUCUUGGCGUGAUUAGAACCACGGAUGCACUAGAAGAGCAUGAGUUGGUGAUCCGAGACCUAAUCGAGGAUGAUGCUUUCGUCGAAGCGGCGUUGAGUGAGGAUGAGGAUGAGCAAGCAAUGGUCGCUGCGCUGCUAAGAACGGCUCGGGCACAUGAACAAUCAUGGUUUGAGAAACUACAGCGCAAUAGAGCUGCGAGACAAAGAGCAGAAGAGCAGAGCGCCCCUGUUCCUGAUGUUCAGCCGACCUCCGAUGGCCCUCCCACACAUUCUGCGGCCGACUAG